UUUAAAUUUAAUUAGCUAAGCAGAAAAAAGACGAAAAAAUUUGGAAAAUUUCUGUCUUCUGAAAAUUGUAUAGAUAAAAAUCAAAUAUAUUCGUGUUAAAAUAUUUUAUUUCUGUUUGUGCGGAUAUACAAUACUACAUUCCAAUGCAUUUGGGAGCGGACAUCUCUAGUGCCCUGCAGCAAAUCGAAGCUGUUAAGAAGGGCAUCGAUGAAUCUGAAGAUCCGAAAUUGCAAAUGCAAACUGCCGAGAGCCUUAAAACAAUUUUAGAUUUAUUACAGGAUCCAGUUUUUCGUACAAUUGUUCACGUACAGGAUUCCCUUUCCGAAUUAAAUGCUCAGUUAGCGCAACAUCCAUCAAUGCUUCCCAAUGAUUUUGAUAUCGACGUGGCUGGAAAUUUGGUGUUGAGUAUUAACGGUGGUGAUGUUAUGUAUGAUUUUUCGUCUGCACCACUUUCUCCUCAUUCGGGUCCAAGUAGUCCAGGGAGUGGACAACUGACACCUUCUGUAUUGACGGGAGCAAUAGAAUCCGACGAACAAGGACGUCCACAUUCUCAAAAUUCCAAAAUAACAAGCGAUCUUUUCGCUGCAGACUAUGCUCAAAUACAGGCCAUUGAGUUGGUUAAUGAUGGUACUGGUCUUGGGUUCGGAAUAAUUGGUGCACGCACAUCAGGUGUGACUGUGAAGACUAUUUUACCAGGUGGGGUUGCAGAUCGUGAUGGACGCUUGCGUUCUGGAGAUCAUAUUUUGCAAAUCGGUGAUGUAAACUUGCAUGAUAUGGUGUCUGAGCAGGUGGCAGCAGUACUGCGGCAAUCAGGUACGCACGUGCGCCUCGUAGUGGCGCGUCCUAUGGAGCAGUCAUCGCCUGGACAAUUUACACUAGAACCUGGAAGUGCUAUAGUACCCACGCGAGUUUUAGCGGAUCCUGUGGAGUUAGAACGGUACUUAAUUUCUACUGGUUAUCCGGAGAUUUUCGGUGAAAGUUCUACUGCGUCUACGCCACAAACUACAACAGAAGAUGAAAGAUUUAUUUACCGAUCGGAUGAUAUUUCUAAACGUCCACCAAUGGCAGUACCGACUAUCGAUUUAGUUGAAUUUUUGGAUUUACCCGAAACUGAGAAACUGCAAGUUGAAUUAACUAAAGACAUGAAUGGUCUCGGUAUUACUAUAGCUGGCUAUGUCUGCGAAAAAGAAGAACUUUCAGGUAUAUUUGUAAAGAGCGUUUCACCAGGAUCAGCUGCGGAUAUGAGUGGACGUAUUCGAGUUAAUGAUCGCAUUAUUGAGGUGGAUGGUCAAUCGUUGCAAGGUUUCUCGAAUCACCAAGCGGUAGAGUUGCUCAAGAAAUCAGGACAAGUAGUUAAUUUACGCUUGGAGCGUUACUUACGUGGUCCAAAGUACGAACAAUUGCAACAGGCUAUUGCUGCCAAUGAUAAAAUACCAAGUGUUCCGUCAACACCUUCAAGAGUUAAUUUGCCUUCUCCCAUUACUCCAGUCACAUCACAACGAACAUCGUCUGUGGCUAAAACACAAUAUGCGACUCACGUCGCAGAAGAUUCGCAUGACCUAUCUUUUGAUGGUAUUUCUAAUUUGUCAUCGGCCACCGUCCCAGAUUCAUUUAUGUCUGUCACGCCGGCAACUACUACGUCAAUACCUACAACUACUUUAAGUAGUUUUGGAUCAGGCAAAAAAAUGAUAGCAGUACGUGACUCCAUUGAUGGCACACCCAAAAUUAUACCUACAGACGUUUCCAUAGGUUCGAUUGGAAAGUCUGAAAGUGAAUUAACUGAAGUAGAAGAACCAAUGCAUGCUAAGAAUUCAACUUUAAUUUCUCGGCACAAAUACUAUACUGAUCCUGAGUUAACUCCAGAUGUUGAACAGGAAAUCAUACGCAAAUGGAAAAAGAUUGUCGGUCCCGACGUUGAUGUGAUAGUUGCCCAGAUUAAAAAGUUUGCAGUCGGUGGUUUAGGAAUUUCUUUGGAAGGAACUGUUGAUGUUGAAGGUGGACGUGAAGUUCGGCCUCACCAUUAUAUCCGUUCAAUAUUGGCUGAUGGCCCUGUUGGUGUAAACGGUGUUCUUCGAUCUGGUGAUGAAUUACUGGAAGUGAAUGGCGAACGUUUGCUUGGAAUGAAUCAUUUGGAAGUAGUUGCUAUACUCAAGGAGUUGCCACAAGAUGUACGCAUGGUCUGCGGCCGAGGCAAGAAUGCUUUAAUGCCAUUCUCAGAUGAUACCUUAAAAAAAUUGAGUAGCAAUUUUGAGAAUUUAAUGCCGACUUCUGAUCGUUUGGUGAAAGCCAAAUCCGAUGGCAGCUUGGCCACUGCAGGUUCGGUCAACGACGACUCGUUCAACAAGCUGAAAUCACGCUCACUAGAGCCACUUACAGGACUUGCAAUGUGGUCGUCCGAGCCGCAGAUUAUAGAACUGGUCAAGGGCGAUCGUGGUUUGGGCUUCUCCAUACUAGACUACCAAGACCCGUUAGAUCCAAACGACACGCUAAUUGUUAUAAGGUCUCUAGUGCCGGGCGGAGUAGCACAAUUAGACGGGCGUCUUAUACCCGGAGAUCGUCUGUUAUUUGUCAAUUCUAUUAAUUUGGAAAAUGCUUCUUUAGAUCAAGCAGUUCAAGCACUAAAGGGUGCACCCAAAGGAGUAGUGCGCAUAGGCGUAGCUAAGCCGCUACCAAUGACAGAUAAUUCUUUGAAGAGCGGAAAUGGCAACAGCGUUGAUUCGAAAUGCGAAGACUCCUCAAUGGAUUCGAGUGGAAUGGUGGGCAGUGAAAAUGUCUCAAUGCAGCUAAGCAAUGCCUCCACAAUGAUUGUUGAGCCGGAUUUAAUUCCGGAUUGGCGAAAAUAAGUUAUUCAUAUAAAAAGAGCCAAGGAAGGAUAUCGAAGAGCAAUAUCAACUUAUACCAAGCUAUUGAAGCACCUUCUAUGCACCCAAAUUAAUUAUUGAAAGUUGCAAACUGUUAUCCUAGAAUAGGUUACAAAAACAUUACUCGUAUGUCGGAAGUAGAGGAUAUCGAAUGUUUGUGUUCGAACGUAUUAUGUUUUUGACGAAAUGUCUCUUUAAAUUUAUUUUAUUCGAAAAUGUUAA